AUGGAGAUGCAUCUUGGACAAUGUGUUAACAGGAGCAAGAGCUCCAUCUUUUUCAGCCCAAACACGCCGACGACCCUUAGGCAAAAUUUGAAGCGACUUCUUGGUGUACAAGUAGAAGCUUUCUCAGAACGCUACCUCGGAUUACCCACUGCUAUUAGCAAGAUAAAUAGUGGAACUUUUGAAUAUCUAGCUGACGGGGCAAGAGGCAGCAUGCAAGGUUGGGCAGAGAGGCUAUUUGCUUGUGCCGGCAGAGAGAGCCUUCUGAAAUCUAUUGUUCAUGCUAUUCCGACGUUUAGCAUGAGCUGCUUUCUGUUGACAAAAAAGGUGUGUAAAGGUUUCACCUCAAGCAUGGCAAAAUUCUGGUGGGGCAGCUCCAUUGAUAGGAACUCCCUAUGUUGGAUCGCUUGGGAUAAACUAGCUACACCAAAGUGCAAAGGCAGAAUGGGAUUACGCGACUUUCGGUUGUUUAACUUGGCGCUUUUAGGGAAGCACGAAUGGCGUUUCAUGAUGAAUCCCAACUCUCUAUGCGCCAAGGUUAUGAAAGUCUGGAAGCUCAAAGUAGUCCCUAAAGUCAGAGUGUUCUGGUGGCGUGUAUUGAGGGGCAUUAUACCUGAUGAGUGCACCCUAAAGUAUCGUCACAUAAGAGAGAUCAACACCUGCAUGAUCUGCCUUGCCAUGGAAGAGGACUUGGAACAUGCGUUGUUGCACUGUCCGCAUGCGCGUCGGUUCUGGGAGGAGGCCAGACUUAUUUUUGAGGUUCAUUUACCACGUCUCCAUCCUCAUACAUGGACAAAAGAUAUCCUCUGUGAAUCCCGCUUCUCUGACAAGGACUGGGCAAUCUUCGUCACUGUGAUGGCUGGGGGUGUUGCACGUUCCUCAUCGGGAUUCAAGGGUGCAUGGUGCAAGCCGUUCCCAGGUGUCACGGACCCUCUCAUUACGGAGGCCCUAGCGCUUAAGGAAGGAGUGAUCUUCGCAACAUUACGAGGCUACACGCAUGUGAUCAUGGAGACCGACUGUCUUCAGGCAGUUAACCUCUGGGACUCUUGCUACAUCGACCGGGCCGGCGCCGGGAUGGCCAAACUAAUGGGCGGCUCUGCUGGCUUCCAUGUGCAGGGGGCACACAUGCAGGCGUCUCGCCCGCCCUCUCUCUCCUUCAGAACGUGCGCCCAGCUCGAGAUCUCCAGAUUUUGCACUAUCCCUCGUUUCAUGGGCGUGAAGGCUGUCAAUGCUUCCCAACAGCAUAUGAGGCACAGGUUCAGCUCCAUCAGAGCCUCUGCCCUCCCAUGCAUGCAGGAUGACACCACAAGAUACUUCGAUUUCGUGGUUAUCGGCAGUGGUGUCGCUGGCCUAAGGUAUGCCCUGGAAGUCUCGAAGCACGGCUCUGUUGCUAUCAUCACCAAAGCAGAGCCUCAUGAGAGCAACACCAACUAUGCGCAAGGCGGCGUCAGCGCCGUUCUGUGCCCCAAGGAUUCUGUAGAAAGCCAUAUGCAAGACACAAUUGUUGCAGGGGCUCAUCUCUGCGACGAGGAGACCGUCAGGAUAGUAUGCACAGAAGGUCCUGAGCGUGUCAAGGAGCUAAUAGCCAUGGGUGCUUCAUUCGACCAUGGUGAAGAUGGCAGGCUGCACCUUGCAAGGGAAGGUGGACAUUCUCACAACAGAAUCGUCCAUUCUGCUGAUAUGACUGGAAAAGAGAUUGAAAGAGCGCUGCUUCAAGCGGUUGAAAAUGAUGAGAACAUAUCUGUGUUCGGCCACCACUUCGCCAUUGAUCUGUUGACCUGUCAGAAUAAUGGUGAAAUCUUUUGUUACGGAGUGGAUUCGUUGGACACCAAAGCUCAAAAGGUAGUCCGUUUCAUCUCAAAAGUAACAUUGCUUGCGUCCGGAGGAGCUGGCCAUAUAUAUCCCACAACAACCAAUCCACCGGUGGCUACUGGGGAUGGAAUCGCAAUGUGCCAUCGCGCUCAGGCUGUGAUAUCCAAUAUGGAGUUUGUGCAGUUCCAUCCAACUGCACUAUCAGACGAAGGCCUUCCAAUAAAGCCAGCUAAAAUAAGAGAUAAUGCAUUUCUUGUGACAGAAGCAGUCAGAGGAGAUGGAGGAAUUCUUUACAACCAAUCCAUGGAGAGAUUUAUGCCUUUAUACGACGACCGUGCCGAGUUGGCACCGAGGGAUGUGGUUGCAAGAAGCAUAGAUGAUCAACUGAAGAAACGUGGAGGGAAGUAUGUUCUCUUGGACAUCAGCCACAAGCCAAGGGAGAAAAUUCUUGCUCAUUUUCCGAACAUUGCAGCUGAAUGCCUGCGGCACGGUCUGGACAUCACACAGCAGCCCAUACCUGUCGUCCCUGCAGCUCAUUACAUGUGCGGUGGUGUUCGGGCUGGGUUGCAAGGGGAGACGAGUGUGAAAGGCUUGUAUGUCGCUGGUGAGGUUGCUUGCACUGGAUUGCACGGUGCUAAUCGUCUUGCAAGCAACUCAUUGCUGGAAGCGUUGGUAUUCGCUCAGAGAGCCGUGCAGCCCUCUAUCGACCACAUGGUGGAUGCGGAUGCUGACCCUUGUCUCGCGGAGAAAUGGGCACGCCCUGUGCUCUCUGUCUCCAUUAAGGACAGUGCACUGUCUGACAUCAUUGAGAAGACAAAGAAGACCAGGAUGGAGCUGCAAUCCAUAAUGUGGGAGUACGUCGGUAUAGUGCGGUCGACGAACCGGCUGAAGAAUGCAGAAUGGAAGAUUGGUGAUCUAGAGUCAGAGUGGGAGGAAUUCUUAUUCAGGAGGGGCUGGAAGCCUGCCACAGUGGGGAUCGAGGCCUGCGAAAUGAGGAACCUCUUCUGCUGCGCAAAGCUGGUUGUGAAGAGCGCGCUUGCGAGGCGGGAGAGCCGUGGCCUGCACUUCACUGAGGACUUCCCUUACCUGGAGGAGAGCAAGAGGAAGCCUACAGUGAUCUUCCCUACUGCUAUCCAAGAGCUAACAUGGAGUUCAAAGCCAUUGCAGAGGCAGCUGCAGUGCAAAUAGUUGCCACGCCCAUAUCAUGGAGUUUUGGGGCGUGAAGAUUCAUUAAUUUGUUAAAAUUACUGAAUUAGGCUGAAGUAGCCUUUUAAUCUUGCAGUAUACUAAUCCAGCAAAGCUGGAGUUGUAAUUGAUUCUUCAGUUAUAAUUAGUCUGAAGUAGCCUGUUGUAUCAGUGUACUUGCUUAUUUUACCAUUCACAUCAGCUUCAGGUGUUGUAACUUGUCAGGUGUGGUUGGGAUCAUGUUCUGAUAUUUCAGAUGUAUAGGACUGCAGAUGAUUGUACACACUGGUUUGAUUUGAAUGGCCAGACUUCCAUCAAGGUAGAUGUUAUCAGUACA